AUUAUUCGCACCAGCUCCUCAUUUCAGUAGGACUGGGAAAACGAAGGAACUUAAAUUCGCGGGGUCGCACUCUUCUCUCCUUGCUCCAGAGAUGGUUUCGACAAGACGAAGUGGAUCUUCCACUUCAACUUCAACUUCCAACAACAAAAAGAGAUCCCUCUCCUCCUCCGACGAUGAAUCUCCGUCUUCAAAGCGCCAAAGGCCAAUCCCUGUCAAUAAAGGGAUGGAGGGUAAUGCAGAUUCGUCGGAGAAGUCCACCGCUCCGGACGACAAUUCCAAGGACUCUUGCUUCACUGGCCCACCGCCCGGGACUGCCGCACCAGAUGGCGGCGCCACCUCUCCCAAAGCGGAACAGACUCUUCCCGUCUCUGUUGCUACACAAGUUUUAGGAGCGACACCUGUAAUAGCUGACAAGCCCAGCACCGUAUCUGAGUUAACGAGGACACCUUGGUGUAGGCUACUCCCAGAGAGUUCUCAGAAUUUGACUGUGUCUAUCUAUACAUCAAGUUUCUUGGUUGGUUCAAUCAAGUCUGCAAACCUUUUGAUAAAUGACCAAACAGUUAGUGGCAUCUUAUGUUCUAUAAAUCACGAACAGUAUGCAUACUCAUUGUUUCUGGAAAUGAUCAGCGAGAAGGCAUCUCGGUUGCUGUUCUUGAGAACAAGGGGAAGGAAGGAUCUGUGCUAGUAAAUGGAAAGGCCAUCCCAAAAAACUCUACUUGUCUUCUCAAGUCAGGCGAUGAGAUUAUCUUUGGUUUGCUGGGAACCCAUGCUUAUAUUUUUCAGAAAAUUUGGUUCGACCGGACACUUAAAUCAGCUUCCUCAGAUGUUAGGCCUGGUUUUGAGAAGUUACUGCAUGUUGAAAGACGAGUGGGAGAUGCUUCAGCUGUGGUGGGUGCUUCUAUCUUGGCUUCCCUUUCAAGCACAAGACAAAACCUUUUUCGUUUGAAACCUACAACUCAGGUUAGGGGGAUAAACUAUCCUACAAAAGAGCCGUCUUCAUUCCCUGUUGGCCAUGAAGAUGAGCUUGAUGGCCCUGAAGUGAAUUCAUCUUCAAAUAUUGAGGCUAAUUUUGAUGCCGAUGUUGGAGUGCAUAGCAAUAUCCUCCCUCAUGAUGGAAACAUGGACUCUGUCCAAAAGUGUGACAAUGUAGAAGAAAGAGAUUUGACUGCAUCCACAUCAGGGAUGUCUAUAAGGUGUGCAAUAUUUAGAGAAGACAUCCAGAAAGAUAUACUUGACGGGCGGGAGAUGGAUGUUUCAUUUGAUAAAUUCCCAUACUAUUUAAGUGAAAAUACAAAAAAAAUGCUGAUAGCCGCAUCUUACAUACACAUGAAGCACAUAGAACUAGCUAAGUUUACUUCUGAGCUUCCAACGGUGAACCCCAGAAUUUUGCUAACGGGUCCUGCAGGAUCUGAGAUAUAUCAAGAGAUGUUGGCUAGGGCACUUGCUCAUCAUUAUGGGGCAAAACUGCUGAUUUUUGAUACCCAUUCAUCUCUUCGUGUCUUGUCUUCAAAGGAAACUGAGCUGCAAAGAGAAAGAUGUAGUGUGCAGAAAACUGCUAAUGGCACUGAUCAAAUUCCUAGAUCCCCUGAAAGGGCUAAAGGAUCUGGGCAUUUUUCUGGGAAAGCAGUUAUGGAUUCGCUCCCGAAGAUGGAGAGUGGCAAUUCACCCCCUUUAGUGGGGACUUCAAAGAUUUCCGUUUUCAAAGCAGGUGACAAAGUUAAGUUCAUUGGUUCUGCUGGUGGAUUAUAUUCAGCCUCUAUGCCUAAAAGAGGUCCAACAAUUGGGAGUAAUGGGAAGAUUGUGAUGCAUUUUGCGAACAAUCCCGUGUCAAAAAUUGGGGUUAGAUUUGAAAAGCCCAUGCCAGAUGGGGUCGACUUCGGGGGUAACUGUGAUGCUGGCCAUGGGUUCUUUUGUACAGCCAAUGAAUUGCGUCUAGAAGCCACAUGUGCUGAAGGUCUGGACAAGUCACUCAUCGACACAUUAUUUGAGGUUGUAUUUGAUGAGAGCAGAAAUUCCCCUUUUAUUUUGUUCAUCAAAGAUGCUGAAAACACAAUGGCAGGACUUGCCGACUUGUCAACAUUAAAAAGCAGAAUUGAGAGGCUUCCUGAUAACGUUGUAGUUAUAGGCUCACAUGCCCACACUGACACCAAGAAAGAAAAGCCACAUGCUGGUGGAUUGCUUUUUACAAAAUUUGGAAUCAAUCAGACUGGUUUGCUUGAUUUGUCUUUCCAGGGUACUAUUGGAAGGUUGAAUGACAGGGGAAGGGAAGUUACCAAGACAGCAAAACUUUUCACAAAACUUUUUCCCAAUAAAGUUGUUAUUCACAUGCCACAGGAUGAAGCACUACAAGCUAGUUGGAAGCAACAAUUGGAGAGAGAUGCUGAAAUUCUGAAAACUAAAGGAAAUUUGAAUAGUUUAAGAACUGUUCUGAGCCGAAAUGGAUUAGAAUGUGAUAGACUGGAGGCAUUGUGUAUCAAGGACCCAGAAUUUUCAAUUGAGAGUGCAGAGAAGGCCAUUGGGUGGGCAUUGAGUCAUCAUUUGAUGCAAAACCCUCAAGCAGAUUCGGAUGAAGUGAUUGCUUUGUCUCAUGAGAACAUCCAGUACGGGAUUGACAUGUUGCGAGAUGCACAAAAUGAAUCCAAUAGCCUGAAGAAAUCACUUAAGGAUAUUGUGCCUGAGAAUGAUUUUGAGAGGAGACUUCUAGCAGAUGUCAUCACUUCAGAUGAUAUAGGAGUCACAUUUGACGAUAUUGGUGCACUGAAAAAUGUCAAAGAGACACUGCAAGAGUUGGUGAUGCUACCCUUACAGAGGCCAGAGCUUUUCUGCAAGGGGCAAUUGACCAAGCCUUGUAAGGGAAUACUUCUAUUUGGCCCUCCUGGAACUGGGAAAACGAUGCUUGCUAAGGCUGUUGCCACAGAAGCUGGUGCAAACUUCAUCAAUAUUUGCAUGUCAAGCAUUACUUCCAAGUGGUUUGGCGAGGCUGAGAAAUACGUUAAGGCUGUCUUCUCGCUGGCUAGUAAAAUUGCCCCUUGUGUAAUUUUUGUUGAUGAAGUUGAUAGCAUGCUGGGCCGUAGGGAAAAUCCAGGAGAGCAUGAGGCCAUGCGCAAAAUGAAAAAUGAGUUUAUGAUUAAUUGGGACGGAUUGCGAACAAAGGAUACAGAGCGCGUUCUUGUGCUCGCAGCUACAAACAGGCCUUUUGAUCUCGAUGAAGCAGUUAUAAGGCGGAUGCCACGUAGAUUGAUGGUCGGUUUGCCAGAUGCCUCUAACAGAGCAAAUAUCCUUAAAGUAAUUCUGGCAAAAGAAGACUUGUCACCAGAUGUUGAUUUGGACUCUGUUGCUGUUAUGACUGAUGGGUAUUCUGGAAGUGACCUUCAGAAUUUAUGUAAGGCAGCUGCAUAUCGUCCCAUCAGAGAGAUUAUAGAAAAAGAGAAAAAAGAGCAAGCUGCUUCCUUGUUAGAAAGUGUCCCUAAACCAUCUUUGUGCCUUCGACCAAUGAACAUGGAAGACUUCAGACAUGCUCAUGAACAGGUUUGUGCUAGUGUGACAUCAGAGUCCAGAAACAUGACAGAGCUUUUGCAAUGGAAUGAUAUGUAUGGCGAAGGAGGGUCGAGACAGAAGAAGUCUUUGAGCUACUUCAUGUGAAGGCUUACCAGCCUGCCCGCUCGCCUGACCUAUGGAAUGUUUUUAACCUGAUUGAGCUGAUUGUGCAUUUUUCGCUCCUGGUGUUGAUAUGAGGCUAGCUUGUCUGUAAAAUGGGGUAUAUGAUUUUUUUUAUAUUUGUAUAUGUGAGCGAGGAAUAGCAUUUAUAGCCUUUUUAGGGUGUUAAGUAAAUUUUUCCCUUUUUUUGUGUUAGAACAAAAGGGGCAAUCCUAAUUUUUCUGUGUAUUGUACCAAUAAUCUACUUUCCUUUGACAAUAAUGAAUUUUGUGAUAAACUGUCCAUACUGAAAAUCACUCUCGAUUCUCACUUUGAAUAACAUAUCGAUUUAUUACUUUUUCAAGAAUAACUA